CGCUCGCCGUCGCCCGCACCGGCCGCAUCUUCCAACUCGGCAGCUGGAGGGCGCGUAACGGGAUCCCCGGCGAGAUGGGAAGCCGAAUCACCUUCUUUGAGGUGGAAAUUCUUGACUGGAAGACAAAACAACAGCUCUGCUUCCUCGAAAAGGUCGAGCCACACACUACAAUAAGUGACAUCCAGGUGAUGUUCCACAAGAUGCAUCCUCAAUGGUAUCCAGCAAGACAAUCUAUAAGGCUCGAUCCUAAAGGAAAAUCCUUGAAGAAUGAGGAAAUCCUGCAACUGCUUCCAGUUGGCACCACUGCUACUCUCUAUUUUAAAGAUUUAGGGCCGCAAAUUGGAUGGACCAUGGUAUUUUUGAUAGAAUAUACGGGCCCACUGUUCAUCUAUUUUGUGUUUUAUCUCCGUAUGCCUUUUAUCUAUGGCCAGGAUGACAGAUUUACCUCAGGCCGACAUUCAGUAGUUAACUUGGCAUGUAUCUGCCAUUCUUUCCACUACAUCAAAAGGUUGAUUGAAACAAUAUUUGUUCAUCGGUUCUCCCAUGGGACUAUGCCACUGAGGAAUAUUGUUAAGAAUUGUUUCUAUUAUUGGGGAUUUGCUGCCUGGCUUGCUUUUUAUAUCAAUCACCCUCUUUACACACCACCAUAUUAUGGACAAAAACAAGUUAAUUUUGCUCUGAUCAUGUUCCUGACAUGUGAAGCUGGAAACUUUUCUAUCCAUAUUACCCUUAGUAAUCUGAGAAGAGAUGGAAAAAGAUCCAAGACCUGUAAGAUCCCUUAUCCAACGAAGAAUCCUUUCACGUGGCUAUUUUAUUUUGUGUCUUGCCCCAAUUAUACCUAUGAGCUGGGAACAUGGAUUGGUUUUACUAUCAUGACUCAGUGCGUUCCAGUGGGAUUGUUCACCUUGCUGUGUUUCAUUCAGAUGACGGUCUGGGCAAAGGACAAACACUACACUUAUAUACGAGAGUUUAAGGACUACCCUAGUUUUAGAAUGUCCAUCAUUCCUUUCUUAUUAUAAGAACAAUGUUUUUCCCUUACUGAAUUAUAAGCAGGAAAAUGGAUGGGCAUCCAAGAAGACUGUUGACAAUGGAGCCAAGAUAUGAAAAUAAUUUAGAUUGAUUGUUUCUGAUGCAUGUUAAUACUGUGUUGCAGUGAGAGAGGCUCACAAGUCACACUUCCCUUUCUGAUAUGCAGGUUUUAGCAUUGACUCCUCUUUUUUUCCAUCAUAUUGCCUUAAGGGUCAUGAAAAACAUUCAUAUUUUAUUGUAGUUUGAUCCGCCAAGGUAACAGAUAAGUGGAUGCUUUUGAUGCUUCUUUGGGUUUGACUCUGAGGGGGAAAAAAAUCAUGAGCAUCCAUACCGCAUCCAAGAGAGAAAACAAGGUUGCAUCUGGUAUAAGAUGCUUGCUAUAGCAAGCGGUAUAGGUCAUUUAUGGGAAAUCUCUAGCCUGCAGGCCUAAUCUGGUUUAUGGGGCCAGCAUGUUACAGCCUAGGGGCCUUGGCCUUAAUCUAACCUGCACUGAAACCUGUCUCAUUCCCCCCCAUGGGCCCCUCUCAUCACUGCCCUGCUGACUGGAAGCACAUCCGGUGCAUGGCUUUCCCAGGGAAUACUCACUAUUGGCAGAUCGUCUAAGAGUUGCCUUUUGCUUCCUCUCAACAUGGAGGACCUACAUCAGCUCCAAUCAGGGUCUCCCUGCACUGUAUUUCUUUUGAUUGGGAAAUGUGCACACUUGACACAGGCAUCUAUCUGUUCCUAACCACAAUGGCGCCAAAGUGACUUAUCAAAAUAAGCAUUGUGAUACCACAAUAAAAACCCCACUUCUUCAUGCUUGCAUAGUAACAUCCAGAGAUGGGCUGCUGCUGGUUCAGACCUGUUCGCACGUACCGGUAGUUCUGACCACUGGCUGGGCCUGCCCACCUGCCCCGGUGCUAUCCUCUCCUAUAUACCUCACUCUCUGGCUCACUCGCCCUGCUCACACAGCCCAGCUGAUUCCCGCGCCUUGCCCGCUCUACUCACUGCGGCUGCCUGAGAAGGUGUGCUGGAAGCCAUGCGCAUGAAAUCACUGUGUGAACUGCGCUCACAUUUUCAGUUCUGCACUAGGCGAACCAUUUAUUAAAUUAUGUGAAGCCCACCUCUGGUAACAUCCCACAAAAUACACGAGUUUACAGUGGAAGGCACAUUUCUUCACAGCUGUCCUAUUCUUUAUAGAUACCAAUACAUACUGGACAAUUAGAAGAGCAACUUUUAGAGAAUGCACAGUGGAAAGUGUUCAAUGAAAUUUAUAACUCCCCUUAGUCCUGGAUGGUGAACUAUGUUUCCCCAUUCUCAUUCUGCAUAGAAAAGGAGUAGAGUUUUAUUUUAAACUCUACAUCCUGAAAUUAUAAUCCAUUGGGCCAAAGAAAUUCAAAUCCAAUUCCCAACCCUGGUUUAGAACAUGUUACACAGUAGAAUCACAAGG